AUGUCUAGACAACUCUCACAACUGCUGGAGGACUACCGUUCGGCGGUUGACCUCACAGGUGUAUGGGAUCAGAUAGACCUGAUCUCAGAGCCGUUUACCAAGCUGGAUCAAAUGGCCAAAGAGAAAAUACCGCGGCUGCCAUACGACACGGAUCAUCCGGCCCAGACAAACACCCAGCACCUCGAAGCUGUGAUGCGGACCACGGACCAUGCGAGUCCAGGCAAACGAUGGAUAGCUGUCUGGAAGGCCUUGUUCCAGUGCUCCCUGUCUAUAACGGCGGCGGUCCUGACUUUAAAGAUGGUGCACAUGUCCAUGGAGGAGGAUGAGAACGCCCGCAGCUUUCUAGUCGCCAAUGCGGCCAUGAAAGUUGAGCCGUCUCUGAACAAAGUCGUCGAUGUGAUACUGUACAACAUCAUACUCCCAUCCGCAGACGCGCUCGGCAAGGUCGAGGCAGUCUUUGACAAGAUUCAGUUAGCAUCGUCCGACGUCAUGGCCAAGAUGCCACACCAGGUCCGAGUCAGCGUGGAGAGGCUCGACCAGGAGUUUCUGCAAAUGCUCGAACGCGUCAAAGGGGGGUCGAAGGUCACGUCGGACUCCUUGGCCAUGCUCUACCGAAUGCUUUACAUCCGCCAGGGGAUGUGGCUCGGCCAGCCUCGGCGGUACCAAAACUACCACGAGACGUACGAUCCUGAAGCCUUCGCCGCCUUCUCGGCCGCGCUCACGGACCCGGCUCGCUUUUUUGCGCGCCUUGUGCGGAACUACCUCAUGAUCGCGUCGCUGAUAGGCCCGCACCAGGAUCACCGACCUCAAUUUAUGGUGCACGGAAGUUCAGCCCGGGCCGCUGAGCAGUUUAUCAACGGCCUGGCUCGCACGAUCCAGGCUCCGGAGAUUCGUAUUCUCCAUACUGUGAUCCUCAAAGACCUAAGGCAGGGCAGGACAUUCGUCCCGGAGAGUACAGCAGACCGGGCUUUGCGCCAGCAGAGCAACGUAGACGUUCAGGGUCCGGUAAUUGACGGACUGCGAAACACGGGGACGCGCAACGCCAUCGUCGUCUUCAACUGCCUCACCACACAGUAUGCAAGUGAGGGAGGCUUCCUCGAUCGCCUCCUCUAUCAAUUUUUCAACACGAAACAAAACCACGAGGCCGAGAACCACGGAUUGGAGAACGCCGCGCACGCACCCAUGUUUGUCAGCGACGCCGAGGAAUCGGUCGUAGGCGUGUACGGCUUCAGCAAACGCCUGAAGGAGCUCUUUAUGCACGUCGACGUCCCCGACGUGACCGAGGAGCAGCUUCGAGCCGCCUUCGGGCAGACGGCCGACGAGCGUGCCGCCGAGCAAGUAGGGGCCGUUUCUUCGGCAGAUCCGGCGGCCGCGGCGCAGGAGCAGGCGGCCGCGGGGGGUCUCCAAGAUGCCCGCAAUCCGCCCGUCCAGAGGCGAGAGACGGACCUGGACCUCUUGGAGGCGGCGAUGCAGAAGGCAGUCGAGGCCGUCGGCGCGGUCGUCGACUACGUGAUGGAGAGCAGCGGCAGCGCCGGCGCGACCCGCACCCAGCACGCCACGCGCCUGGCCCUGUACCACGUCUGCGCCGAGAAGCUCCUGGCCGGGGACCCUGACCACGCCGUGGACGACGAGGAGAUCAGAAAGGCCCUGAACCUCGGCCUCCACCAACGCGUGGACGGCCCCGGCGCGGAGUUGUCGUCAGCAGACUCGGAAAAGGAGAAGGAGGACUAG